UGAUUCUGCUUCCCGCGGUCCGCCCGGCGCGGGUCCGUCCCCAGCUCCCGCCCUCCCGCGGAGGGGCGCGGCUUCCCCGAGGCCCGGGAGGGGCCCGUGCCGGGCUCCCUCGCUGCGAGGGCGGGUUGAGGGCCCAGGGGGAGGCAGGACAGUCCCGCGCUUCAGAACGGGGCGGAGGCGGCUUCCCAGAACUCAAGUAAGGAUGCCUUAAGACGAGAACUAUGGAUAAAUAUAUCAAAAUACGGAAGAUUGGAGAAGGAUCCUUUGGGAAAGCAAUACUUGUCAAAGCUAAAGAAAAUGGCCAGCAGUAUGUCAUUAAAGAAAUAAACAUCUCUAAGAUGUCAAAUAAGGAAAGAGAAGAAUCAAGGAGAGAAGUUGCUGUUUUGGCUAACAUGAAACACCCAAAUAUUGUCCUGUAUAGGGAGUCAUUUGAAGAAAAUGGCUGUCUGUACAUAGUGAUGGAUUACUGUGAAGGAGGAGACCUGUUUAAAAAGAUAAAUGCCCAAAAAGGAAUCCUGUUCUCUGAAGAUCAGAUUCUGGAUUGGUUUGUACAAAUCUGUUUAGCACUAAAACACAUACAUGAUAGAAAAAUCUUGCAUCGGGACAUAAAGUCACAGAAUAUAUUUUUAACCAAAGAUGGAACAAUACAGCUGGGAGAUUUUGGAAUCGCCAGAGUUCUGAACAGUACUGCAGAGCUGGCACGCACUUGCAUAGGAACACCGUACUAUUUGUCGCCUGAAAUAUGUCAGAACAAGCCUUACAACAAUAAAAGUGAUAUCUGGGCCCUUGGUUGUGUUCUGUAUGAAAUGUGUACACUUAAACAUGCGUUUGAAGCCGGUAACAUGAAGAACUUGGUCCUGAAGAUAAUCUCUGGGCCUUUUCCUCCUGUUUCUAUGCAUUACUCCUAUGACCUACGUAAUCUGCUGUCACAGCUAUUCAAAAGGAACCCUAGGAAUAGACCAUCAGUAAACUCCAUAUUGGAGAAAAAUUUUAUAGCCAAACGGGUUGAAAAAUUUCUCACACCAGAGCUUAUUGCAGAAGAAUUCAGUCACAAAAUUUUCCACAAGUUUGGACCACAUGCUUCAUCAGUUCAAAGACCAGUUCAAGAACCAACAGUGACUUCAGUUGCACCAGCUCAGAAAAUUACCAAACCUGCUGCAAAAUAUGGAGUGCCUUUAACUAUCAGGAAGUCUUGUGGUGCACCUAAAAAGCCUAAUGAGAAGAAGCCAUUGACUAAAAUUAGACAGGAACCUUCAAAAAAGAAAAGGUUAGAAUUGCCUGAAAAAGAAAAACGCCAGAGAGAGCAGAUCAGUUCACCGAAGGCAGAUGAAAUGAGAAGAUUGGAAAAAGAAAGGAUGGAACGAAUAAACAGAGCCAGGGAACAAGGAUGGAGGAAUGUGCUUGGUUCAGGUGGAAGUGGUGUUAAGGCACCAUAUUAUGUCGGUGGAGGUGGUGUUGGUCCUUUUCCUGUGUCUUCCAGAGGACGCUAUGAACACUAUCAUGCUAUUUUUGACCAGAUGCAACAGCAAAAGGAAAAUGUCUUCAGAAUAGCUGAAGAGAGGGAAGCCAAAUUGAGAGCGAAACUACAAGACCGAGGAGUUGUUGAAAGAGGAAUUCCACCUGGAACACGUCCAGGAGUUCCUAAGGGACCUGCAGGUCAUCACCAUUUACCUGAUGUUGGUGCAGUUAGGAAAAAAGUGAAAAGAUUCAAGGAGGUGUCUAAACAAGCCAAUGCAAACAGGCAAAAAGGAUGGAUAGCUGCAGAUAGAGCAAAGCAAGUUGAAGAAUUCUGGCAGCGAAAGAGAGAAGCCAUGGAAAACAAAGCUCGAGCUCAGGGACACAUGGGUACACUGCAAAACCUGGCAGAUACCUAUGGAGGCAGGUCCAUUUCUGCAAGAGGAAGGAAAUCCAGAAACAAGGAGGAAGAGGAAUAUUUGGCAAGAUUGAGACAGAUCCGGCUACAAAACUUUAAUGAACGUCAACAGAUUAGAGCAAAACUUCGUGGAGAUAAGAAUGAAGCUGCCAGUUCUGAUGGACAGGACUCUAGUGAGGAAGCAGAACUGAAACGCAAGAAGAUAGAAACACAGAAGGCCCAAGCAAAUGCUCGUGCAGCAGUUCUGAAGGAACAGUUGGAGCGAAAGAGAAAGGAAGCAUAUGAAAGAGAGAAAAGAGCCUGGGAAGAACAUCUGAUUGCAAAAGGGGUAAAGAAUCCUAACGUGCCUUUUCAUGUGGAAGCUACAGAACAUAGUCCUAUGAAUGGACUGCAAGAGCCUGGAGCAGCUCUUCCUAAGCCACAACUUCCAGUGAAGCCCGGUGUACCUGUCAUCUCUAUGACUUCUGCUUUGAAGGAAGUGGGUGUGGAUGAUCAUGUAAUAACUGCUGUCCCGGAGUCUGGAAGGACUGAGGAAUUAAAAAAGCCAGAUUUUCCAGUACAAAACAAGCGAGAAAUUCUGAGAAGAUUAAAUCAAAAUCUUAAAGCUCAAGAAGAUGAGAGAGAAAAAAAGGAGGGUAAAAAUACCUCUGAAUCGGCUGGAUCUGAAGAUGGUAAAGAACAACAAGGUGACCAGCCACUUCUGGGAGAUCGCAAAAAAUGGGAAUCUGGAGCGUCUGAGUUGGUCGUUCCUCUAGCUCAGCUGUCAAUGGAAGAUUCUUUCUCUGGAGCAGAGUGUCAAACUAUAGGAGAAGUAAUUAAGUUAGAUAUUGGUGAACCUCACAGGAAAGUCUGGGGCAAAAGCCCAACUGAUUCAGUUCUGAGGAUCCUAGGAGAAGCAGAGCUGCAGCUGCAAACUGACAUCCUUGAGGAACAAGAUGAGAUAAAUGGUACGGCAGAGCUUCUUGAAGGAGAUCAUCAGUCUUCAUCAGAGGAGAAGGAAGAGAAGGCUUUUUCUCCUGUUGGAGCUCAGUCUGCAGUACCAGUUAGUGUUACAAAGUCUGUCAUAACUGUACCAGAAGAAUCUCAAAGAACUGGACCCACCCUGAUGCAGAGCAAAGCUAUUAUGCUGGAUGAGCCUGAUGAUUUGGAAGCGGAGGUGCUGGAAGAAAUGGAAGAUAAAAUGCACCAGAGUAAGGAGAAUAAGGAAUUCCCUAGCGCUGUUAAUGAAGUGUGGGUAAAAGAGAAAGAGGAUGCGGCACAUGACGGAAUGAAUGAGGCAGCUUCAGAGAAAGAAGCACUCAACAAGGUGCAACCACAAAAGGAAGCUCCAGCAGAAACUUGUUCCAGUGACUCUCAGCAAGCUGAACCCUUAUUCCAGAGGGUAAUAGAGGCCCCAGCUGUACCAAUAGCCUCGCCAGUUCUGUCAGCUCAGUCUUCACAGGAAGAGUCUUUUGUACCUCGUUCACGUUCCAUAUCACCAGCAAAAAAUAAAGGCAAAAGUUCAUUGUUGAUUGGACUUUCUACAGGACUUUUUGAUGCGAACGACCCAAAGAUGUUGAGAACAUGUUCACUCCCAGAUCUUUACAAACUGUACAGAACUUUAGUUGAUGUUCCCAGUGUAGCGGAUGUGCAGCAUCAACAUAAUCUCGAAACAGAUGAUACAGAAGAUGAGCAGGCCAAAGAAGGACCCUCUGACUCUGAGGACAUUAUGUUUGGAGAGACAGAUAGAGAUUUGCAGGAGCUCCGGGAUUCAAUGGAACAAUUGCUUAGGGAGCAGCCAAGUGAGGAACUGAGUGAAGAAGAGGAGUCUACUUUAAAGGCUAAUGCCAUGGAAUGCAUAACAAAUGGUACUGAGCUGGAUGAUGGAGAUGAAAAUAACCCCAGCAGUGAAAGUGCUCUUAAUGAAGAAUGGCAGUCAGAUAAUAGUGAUGGAGAGAUUGCCAGUGAAUGUGAAGAAUGUGAUAGUGUCUUCAGCCAUUUAGAAGAGUUGAGAUAUAACCUGGAGCAGGAAAUAGGCUUUGAUAAAUUAAUUGAAGUUUAUGAGAAAAUAAAGGCUAUACUUGAAGAUGAAGAUGAAAAUAUUGAUGUUUGUUCAACUGUAGUUCAGACUGUUCUUGGAAAUGAACACAAACACCUGUAUGCCAAAAUACUUCAUCUAGUAAUGGCAGAUGGAGCCUACCAAGAAGAACUGCUAGGUAAUGAUGAAUAAACCUGACUCAGGAAAUUCCUUAGUGCUUACUACACACCGGUGUCCGAAGUCUGCACGGCUGAACAACAAAUUGUAGUGGAGAAUGUAACAUGGGGCAGGAGAGGCAAGACUUCAAAAAAGAAUGUUGAUUGUAUGAAAAAGAGAAAAAACAUGCCUUUUAAACUGAGAUACCUUUAGAGCUCUCUUGUGUGGAUUUGCAUACAUGUUCCUUAAAUAUUAGGGGCCCAACAUUUUAAAAAACCCACACCAACCAACAACAAAAAAAAUCAACAAAACCCAAAAACCUCAACAAACCAAACAAAAAACACCCAAACCUGUAACCUCUCAAAUUUCAAAAGAAACAGAGAAAGAAAUACCUGUAUAUAUUCUGAUACAAAAGUGAGACCUAGAAUUAAAACAGAAUUUCUGCCAUAUGAACAGAUAGCUGGUAUGGUUGAACAGUUGGACGCAUUACUGUGUUGUGGAAGUAUUCACAUCUAGCUAUUCACUUACAUACUUCAAGUAGCUUUUCUUUACACCUACACAAAGAAAUAGCUUUGUUUUUAUUGACCCUCAUGGUUUUUUAAUAGUAUCUUAAUCUAGUGGUCCAGUUCAAGCAUUUCACUUUUAUUGUAUUUUGAAGCUGAAGGCUUCUGUCACAUCUGAAAUAUCUUGAUGGUGUUUCUUAAUUAGGGCAAACUGGUACAUAAGUCAUCAUUGAAAUGUCUGGAGGGGGUUUGGGAUUGUAAAAUCCAUUUGGACUUAGAAUACUCUUUUUUCCAAAAUUUUUCUUCUUGUUUUUCUUCUUCUUCCCCUUUCCUAUCCCCUUCCCAAAAAUCCCAGUUGUUUACCUCUCUUGAAUAUUGUAAUCUGGUCAAUGAUGAUGUACUACACUGUUGAACUGAAAAGGGGGAGGGAGUUUGCAGUUUGGCUUUGAAGUCCGUGUUCUCAUCAUUGCUCCAGCAGCCAGAGGGGAAAAUGAAACGUUGCAGCCACAAGUGCUGUGUAAUACUCUACAUCUUCUGGCUCCUGUAUUGUACAGCUUGGUUUCCACCACCCUAUAAGCCAGACCAGGUUUCUUCUGACACACAUUUCCUCAUUCCUUGUGUUGAAGCAGUACUAUACAGGAUAGGCAUUAGGGAUUCUGUUGUUUUCCAGUCAUCAUCUCUGCGUCAGCUUUACUGGUUUAUCCAUUACAAUAAGUCUCUUGCUACAGAUUUGAUGAACUGUCAAACUUUCAAGUGCCCUAUUGAAGAAAAAUAGGUUUGGUUUCUUGUUUUUUUUUUCAGCUAAAAUGAGUCUCAAUCUAAAACUGUCAAAACUUGCUUUUCCACAAAGUAAAAACAAGUAUAUAUAUAUUUAUUUAUUAUUUAAACUGUCAAAAUAUGUACAUGUUUUUUGUAUAAUUGCUUUAUGGUGUCAUUAUUAAAAUGUUGCCCACUGAAAAGGGUUAAAUUUUUUUAGACAGAUACCAAACUUACUCUAGUUCAGCAGUAUUGUGGGAAUCUGCGGUGAGAAUAAAAUUAUUCAUAAUAAGAAUAAAAAAUUGCCUUUAAUAGAUUAUUCUUUAUAUCCUUAUUUCUUUGAUAAACAUCUCUUACUUCAUCUGAUGAGAAACCAUGAGCAGUUUUUGGAAACAUUGUUGGUUCUGGGCUAUGCUGCUUCUUUUUUCAUUCCCUUUCCUUCUUUAUUUCCUUUUUCUUAACUUCCCACAGUAACUUUUUACCAGGUUUCUCAUCCAUUUCACUUUCCACUGCUGCAUAAUCUAUUCAGAGAGAUGAUCUUCAUGAGCUACGUCACUCAUGACUUAUAGCGAAUACACCCUAAAGACUCUGAAUUAUUUUCCUUUUUCAGGUUUGAUUUCUCAAAUCAUACCUUGCCCUUUUGGAGGAAGAGAGGACUCAAAACCUUAGAUCUUAGAUUUAAGAUAAUAUAGGAUAACUGCAUGGAAACAACAAAAUGCACAACUCGUAUAUUCUGUUCCCCUGUGAUUUUGAACCCCCUUAAGGUGAUAGUCUUACUGAAGUUAAGGAUUGGGCUGUGUUCACUUCUUUUAAAUUGAAAGCAUAUCAUUAUUGACAGUCUUCAUCUCUUAUGCAGUGUACUGGCUUCCUUCUGGUGAGAAACAUGGCAUAAUCUGCAGACUGCAAGAUUUACAAAUAGAGCUUUUUACCAAUUAAUAAUUUGAAAAAUACAUGUAGAUGGUGGACAGCUUUUUAAGAAUAAUCUUCAAACCUGCCACUCAAGACUGAAUAUCCUUGAAAUCUCUCAAAAGCUAACUUAUAACUGACACAGUAAAUAAGUUUGCCUGUAAA